AUGGGUUGUUAAUGUUGUAAGGAUGAAGAAAGUGUUAAAGAUAGAAAACAAAGUGAGUUACCAGAUAAUUGGAAUCCAAACAGAGUAGAAAUAAUUAAUAGUAAAACAAAAGUUAAAGUUGUUUAUUCACCUGGGGAUUCUUCCAAAAUUGAUAGCAAUAUUUUUGCUGUUAGUACAAAAGGUCUUUCACCCUUAUUUUCAAAUUAAAUAAUUGAGGCUGCAUAAGAAUGUUUAUAAGCUAACCAAGGAGCAUUCGAAUAUGGGAAUUGUUAUUAAAUUUAAAAUAAAGAAAAAAAAAUAUUUCUUGUAUGUAUUCCAAUGUGGAGAGGUGGUUAAUUUAAGGAAAAUAACUUAGUAUAGAUGGCUUUUAAUUAAUUGGCAAAAUAGGUUAAAGAGUGCUCAUUGAAAUAAGUGGUUAUUAAUGAAGUAGGUGUUCGAUAUUUCGGGUAUCCAAGAUAAGUAUAAUAAAUAAUUCUAUAUAAAUAAAGGUAAUUAUAUCAAAUUUGAUGCAUUCAUUUAAAUAGUUUAUUCUAGAAGAGACUUAUUUAGAGUAAAUCAUAUAUACUUCAAAUGACAGAGCAACUAUAGCCUUGAUUGAAUCCUAACUUAAAGUUGCUCAUCCGGAAUUGUUUUAGGAAGAUGAAAAACUAGAUAUCAAAAAUUUAGGUAAAAAUAAUAACAACAAUGAUGUCACCUCAGAUUUAGAAUAACCUUUAUUAGCAGAAUGAG